CGUGCUGCAGGGAUUGCAGGUGUACCUCCUCGGGCUUGCGUACCCGUUUCUUGCUGAUAGUGUGUGUGUUCUUUAGACCUUCUGAUGGCUCUAGCAUUUUUUUGACCACGGACCGAGUCUUUGCUAGAUUUUGGGAUUAGCAACUGACACGAAGAAGAAAAACAACAACAACAACAACAACCCCUCUCUGGCCCCAAUCCUCCACUUCUACCAGCUAGAUGACCCAACCGGGGUCACGCAGGAGGGGGGGGUUGGGCCCCAUCCUGCGGUUCUUGCCUGAGAUAUUUUUUGUCGCGAGAAGGGUGCUGCCCUCUGCUGCACACUCUCACACUUGCCCCAACUCCUCUCCCUUCCUACAACUCUUUCCCUACCUACCCUAUUCAUCACUUGUGGCAGCGUCAUGACGACAAUGGCGAUCAUGCGUUACUUUUAUUACACCGACGAUGAUUUCAUCCCUCUUAAGAUCGACAACGACGGCGACCGCUUCUGCUUCAAGUGUCGUCGGGCCUUUUGGAAAGGAGAGACAAUCGAAAUUAUCCCGCCUCACACCGUCGGAAACAAAUCGGGGGGUGACAACUACGCCUGGAUUGGGAGGAAGUGUCGCUACAGCUGCGAGGAGGGAGCACGAGUCGCGAGAGACAGGGCAACCCCCAGGCAAGGCUCGUUGCAUUUUUUCGCAUGCAUACAACUAUGCAUGCACAGAACGGUCCAAGGAUUUAUAGGGUUCUGGGAUGAAAAGGCACACGGCACGAAGAUAUAUAUGAAGAAACGAAUCGCGCACACACUAUCUCAACGUGCAUGUGAUUCCGGCGGAGGCACAACUUGUUGCUUGGAUCGAAUGUAG